AUGCGCUUCUCGCGGAAGUUGCUGGGUCCAUUCGUAGGCUCGUUGGCCAAAAAACUCGAUUAUUACAGUCAAUUCCAACCGUCGUCGCUCACAAUUCAACAAUACUUGGACUUUGGCCGAAUAGGAACCGCCGCCAACUCGUAUACAUUUUUGAAGAAUGAGCUUCUCGUUCGACUUGCCAAUAUUAUGCAGGAAUUCACCCUAUUGCCACCAAAGCUUCUGCAAAUGCCCAGCUCAAAAAUGGUGUCAAACUGGUAUGCGGAGAGUUUCGAGGACCUUCUUCUCUUCGAAGCAUCAGACGCUUCACCAGAGCAGGUUGCUAGAUUCAACGACCAGCUGACUGUUGUGCUGAAAAGACACGCUCACGUCGUCGAGACAAUGGCCGAGGGACUGAUUGAGUUGAGAGAGUCGGAUGGGGUGGAUAUUGCCAGUGAGAAGGGGAUUCAGUACUUUUUGGAUCGAUUUUAUAUCAAUAGAAUAUCCAUUCGUAUGCUUCAGAAUCAACAUUUGGUUGUUUUCGGAAAUGUCCUUCCGGAGAGCCCACGCCAUGUCGGCUGCAUUGAUCCGGCUUGUGACGUGGAAAGUGAGUCCUCUCUUGCUAUACGAAAAUGUCCGGACAUUUCGCAGCCAGACAUUUCGCAGAAGGACAUUUCGCAACCGGACAUUUCGCAGCCGGACAUUUCGCAGCCGGACAUUUCGCAGCCAGACAUUUCGCAACCGGACAUUUCGCAGCCAGACAUUUCGCAGAAGGACAUUUCGCAGCCGGACAUUUCGCAGCCAGACAUUUCGCAGCCUCUGAUAACGUCAGAAAAUCAGAAUCCCAAGUUCUUCGGUUUUGAAAAAAAGUAUAUUUUAAUGUCAGAAAUUGAAUUUUGGAAGAAUUCGGCUGAAAAAAAAAUCAAAUUUCAGCUGAAAAAAUAUCAUUUGUAUCACAUGAUGUUCGAACUGUUUAAGGUUGGUCUUGGUCUCUUUUUGGAUGUUUUCUGCCCGUCCUUACACUCGUGCAAUGCCAUGAGAGCAACGGUUGAAUAUCACGGGGUCGAUGAUGAUUUGCCAGAUAUCAAAGUCUAUGUUGUCAAGGGAAACGAGGAUUUGUCGAUUAAGAUCUGUGAUCGUGGAGGUGGCGUGUCAAGAACGAUUCUGGAGCGUCUCUACAACUACAUGUACUCAACAGCUCCACCGCCACCAAGGGAUGGAACCCAGGCGCCAUUGGCCGGAUACGGCUACGGACUCCCACUCUCCCGUCUCUACGCUCGAUACUUCCUUGGUGACCUAUUCUUGGUUUCCAUGGAAGGACACGGAACUGAUGCUUGUAUUUAUUUGAAGGCUGUGCCAGUUGAAGCCAGUGAGGUCCUGCCUAUCUACAGUACUUCAUCGCGUCGUAAUCUGACAAUGGGUCCGCAGGUCGCCGAUUGGUCUCAUCAUGUACCUGGACAGGGAAAUCGUCCUGCUCAGUCUUGA